GGCGCCGAAACACCGAUAGACACUCAGACGACAGAGCCAUGGCGGCCACGGGUGGAGGGAAAAUUAGAAGCAGAAGAUAUCAUAUCGCCUCUAAACCUUACGCCAAGAAUAAGCAGCAACAGUCGGGUCUUAUAAGUCGAGUUACAGACACAGUUAAGAGCAUCGUCCCCUCCUGGCUGCAGAAAUACUUUAAGAAUGAAGAUAAUCCUGAAGGAGCAGGUACUGGACAGGGGACAGAUCAGAACUGUGAGCUGCCACCACCUCCUCCAAAUGGGAGUGAAGAGGGACCUCUUCCCCUUGAUGGACGGGACUCCCCAGAGCCAAGCACCAGUAACACAGAGCCCUCAACGAGCCGAGCCUCUUUAAAUUUUCAGGAAUAUGUACUCUCUCGACCUCCUCUUAGUCGCUCCCAUCUCCACUUUCCCCCGCUGGAUGCCUCCUCACCAGUUCUAGGUGCUUCAAGCAGCCUCUUUCCUCAACCUUCCACCUCCUCAGCCCCUGGACCUUUUUCCACUGGCUUCUCCUUGGUCAAAGAAAUCAAGGACAACCUCUCACAGCAUGAAGAUGAUAACAUCUCCACCACAAGCGGCUUCUCAUCCCGCGCCUCUGACAAAGAUGUCCCUACUUCUAAAACAGCAUCACUUCCCCAACUUUGGUCCCCUGAGACAGACAGAACAAGCUCAGGGUCUCAUCCUGCCCAGUCCAGUCUAAAGAGGCCUGCUUUUAACCUGUCUGUAUUUGGAACUUCUUCAAAUUCAACAUUCAACAGUACAGUGCUAAACUCCAGCCAUCUUGGAGAUUCACCCUUCUACCCUGGGAAGACAACGUACGGUGGGGCAGCGGCAGUCAGGAGCUCUCGCACGCGUCCAGGGACACCUUACCAGGCCCCUGUGAGAAGAAUGAUCAAGGCAAAGCCUGCUGGUGCUCAGCCUUGUGGGGUGACCAGUGCCACUGCCAGACGCAUCCUGCAGUCCUUGGAACGCAUGUCGAGCCCACUGGCUGAUGCCAGGAGAAUUCCAGCCGCUGCCUCAUCCCCGCUUUCAGCAUCAAUGGAUGGCACAAAUCUUGAUGCGUCACUUUUCCAGUCCAAAAAGAAACGGAUGGAUUCCUCCCUCCCACCGGUGCAGAAACUGAUGGUCCCUGCUGCAGCAUCGGUGUCAGGAAACCGCUCUGUGUCAUUUAGGCCGACUUUGACUCCGGGAGGAUUGAACAGAGGUGUGGAAAGAAUCCCAAGAGAAACGCCAACAAGACAAUCACCACAGCUACCUGAGUCAACCCCAGGACCAUCUCAAAGCACAAUAGGUUACAGUGUGCCAGCCUAUCCCCUGUCCAGCACCCCGGCAGCCUCUAGUGCAAGUUCUGGAGGGGGCAAGAUAAAGAGGGAGAGGACUUCAACACGUCCUUCCUCUAAACGCCCUGAAGAUGACGAGGUUGCUGAGGUACCAGACCUUCCAUCAAUUUCACUUCCCAUCAGCAUUUCCGCCUUGCCCACCUUUAGCUUUACCUCCCCUCUUCCACCUUCCACCACAUCCACUACCAUCAGCAUUGCCCCCAAUGUCACACCUGUAACUCCCACUAAGGAAACAAAUAAGGAGCCACAGAUGGCCUCGACUCCUCCAUGUGUACCUUUCACAUUUUCCUCCCCUAUUGUCAAAGCAACUGCUGCUAGUCCUCCAUCCUUUUCCCCCUCCGCUGGAUUCACUUUUAGUGCACCUGUAGCAAAGUUAGGUCCCUCCAUGUCAAAUGGGAAUCUGUCCACUCCUAUAGCAGCAGCAGCAAAGCAAGCAAUUAGUAAAAGCACAGAAGACUUUGAAGGACCCUUCAAACCAGCCAAGACCCUGAAGCAGGGCAGUGUGCUGGAUCUUCUGAAAGCGCCUGGCUUUGCCUCUCCCAUUUCUCGGACUUCCCCAAACCCAGACGAUGCCCUGCAGCAGUCCUCCACACUGUCGACUGCCUCCUCCCUCACAUCAACCACCACGACCACCUCCUCCCUUCCUCCUUCUACAGGGUUAGGGGAUUUAUUCAAAACCCCGCCAGGCUGGAGCUGUGAUGUCUGCUUGGUGCAGAACAAACUCUCAGACACAAAGUGUGUUUGCUGUGCGGCCCCACAGCCCAUUUCCUCUUCUUCCAAAUCUAUGGACUCUAAACCGUCAACUGCCACUUCAGUAGAGCUGGAGAGCAGCAGCGUGAACACGACCUCCACCACUACAACCACCACAGGUUUUGGCACGAUGUUUUCCAAACCUGCAGGAACUUGGGACUGUGAUACAUGUCUUGUAAUGAACAAACCUGAUGCAGUGAAGUGUGUGGCCUGUGAAACGGCCAAACCUGGGACAGGCCUCAAACCUUCACUGACUCUUCCUUCUGCCUUCUCAGCUGUUAAGACUGCAUCCACCCCCACAGCCUCUGUUUCUACAGGGUUUAUUGGAUUUGGAGACAAGUUCAAAAAACCAGAGGGUGCGUGGGAUUGUGAGACAUGUUGUGUACAAAACAAAGCAGAGGACACCAAGUGUGUGGCUUGUGCAGGUGCUAAACCAGGAUCUUCAGCAGGAGCCUCUUCCUCAGCGAGCAGUGCUCCAGUGUUUGGGCUUGGAGAUGCAUUCAAGAAGCCAGAGGGCGCCUGGGAUUGUGAUGUUUGUCUUGUACAGAAUAAGGCUGCUGAUGUGCAGUGUGUUGCCUGUCAGACAGCCAAACCUGGAGCCCAAGUGGAGCCCAAAGCUUUUGGUUCAGCCUUUGGCUCAUCGAAUUCUGGAGGUAUUAAGUUUGGCACAUCAGACAAUACCUCUGGAUCCGGAUCUGGAGGUUUUAAAUUUGGAGGCUCGUUUUCCGAUUCCUCUUCAUCCUCAGGUGGAUUCAAAUUUGGAAGCUCCACAUCAGAAACCACUUCAAAAGACACUACUGCUACAUCAGGGUUCAAAUUUGGCACCUCAUCUGAGGACUUUAAAUUUGGAGCAGCUUCCAGUGAUGACACUAAAUCAAACCCUGAACCUGCGGCAAGCUGGUCUAAGUUUGGAACCAGCGGUGGGAUAGUGUUUGGAACUGGAUCAUCUAACACAGAGAGUAACUCCUCCAAGGGUGGCUUCUCUUUUGGGCAGCCAAAACCUGAAGAGAAAACAUCUGAAACUGCCACUUCAUCCUCUGUUAGUUUCACUCCUCCUGUUUCCUCUCAAGAAAAGAGUGAAAGUGUGGCAUCAUCAAACAUUACACCAACAGACACCAAUUCAUCCACAUCCACAACUAAAACCACUGGCUCCGUCUUUGGGAGAUUAGGUGUGCCCACUUUGGCGACCACCACUUCUACCACCACACCACAAGGGGUCUCUACGUAUGGUUCAUUGCAGCCAGACAAACAGCAAGCUGCCCCAACAUUUAAUUUUGGGAAGCAAGAGGAAAAGAAGGAAGUUGUUGCCUCGGUUCCCUCUGGCUUCACCUUCGGUGCUGCCAGUAAAGAUGAAGACGCUGCUCCAGCCACGGCCUCUACAGGAGGCUUUUCCUUCAGCAAGCCUAGUGCACUUACACAACAGCCUCCUCCUGCAUAUACUUUUGGAAAGCCGGCAGACAAGAGUGAAACUUCUUCAGAAGCCCCUAAUCCCUCGUUUGGCUUUGGACAAAGUGCUACUGAUUCUUCUGCUGCUCCAAAACCAGCGUUUCCUUUUAUGGCUAAUAAUCCAACCAACAGCACGGACUCCACCACCCUGUCCUCCUCCAGCCCAACACAGAGUUUGUUCAGCAGUGCCACCACCACCACCAGCAGCAGCAGCUCCACUCAGGCUCCAGCUCCCUCUGCUGCUCCCAGCACUUUCAUGUUUGGUCAGUCUGCUGUGACCUCCACAGAUGGUCCUCCUGCUAAAGCAUCCUUCGUCUUUGGCCAGAGUCAGGACAGCCAACCGCCAGCCCCAUCAGCUGCUCCAGUGACGUCUACUCCAGCCCCUGCCCCGGCUCAGCCCUUCAUAUUUGGUGCUCCUCCUGCUGCUGCUCCAUCCUUCGGUUUUGGAGCACCAGUGCCCUCUGCUGAUUCAUCUUCAGCUCCAUCAGCAGCUUCCUCCCCUUUUGUAUUCAGCUCAGCCCCCUCUGCUGGAUUUGGGGCCAACCAGACCCCUUCAUUCGGCUCAUCAUUCGGAUCCCCUUUCACAGCCACACCUGGCCAGACCCUUGGCUUUGCAGCCAAACCCAACUCUGGCCCCGUCUUUGGACUGCAUUCCAAUUCCACACCUGUAUUUGGAGUAACUACAAAUUCUGCACCAGGUGGAGGCUUUCAGUUUGGAGCAGCUAGCGCAUUCGGAUCCACAAAUGCCGCCGCAGGUGUGUUUACUUUUGGAGGGUCAGCAGCCUCUCCUGGCCCAGCUGCCAACCCAUCCAUCGCACCCCAGGCAGGAGCAACCGGAGGUGGAUUCAACUUUGCACAACCGCCCGCGUUCAAUAUGGGGGCAACAAAAGCCUUUCCAGCCUCUCCUGCUGGACAGCAAGCGAUUGCCGGGCGCAAGAUCAAGACAGCUGUGCGGCGCAGGAAGUAGAGGCCUAUGGACCCGACUUUAAAGUAGACUUGACUUUGACUGACUUGUUUCCCCCACUGAAGGCUGACUGAUGUCCCAAAAGGUCUGCACUUGACAACUGGACACUGAAAUGACGAGGAAUAUGUGAAGAAGGGCCAAGGCUUGGGGCCACUGAGGUCUGGCUGGACUCGGGGGUGGGGGGGUGGGAGAGUUUGGGCUGAUUAUUCAGAGGUUUUCACAUGUAGACUGCAGCUGUGUGAGACCACCCCACAGGACUUCCCCUGAAAAAAAAACUGUCGACUAAAUAAAGACACUGACUAACAAAACAACAAUCAAGCAAGGACCCCUGCUGAUUAACAGGCAAGACAGUCAUAUCUAUAUUUUCAACUACGGCAAAUGUCUGCUAGACUGAGGCAUGACUUUUUGUAAUAAAAUUACAAAGGCAAAAACUGCAAAUCUAAAGAGUUGUGCGUGUACACAAAAUCGUAUUAAUUAGUAUGGGUGAUC